AUGGUGACCUCUUUUAAAGACCUCGGAAAAAAUACACGGGAUCUCUUUGAUAAGCAUUUCAAGUUCGGGUUCCUGAAUUUUGAGUUCAAAACAAAGACGGCAAAUGAUAUUGCCGUAACAUGCGGUGGUCAGCAUGAUUCCAAAUCACAGCAUGUUGCUGGUUUUCUUGAAACAAAGCUGAAACCUGCGAAGGGGAUAUCUCUAAAGACCAAGGUCGAUUCUGCGUGGGUGAUAACCAGCAAUUUGGAAGUGGAAAAGAAACUCCACGAAAAGUUGUCGCAUGAUGUUGUUGCCACAGUGGAGACGGAAUCAGGGAAAAAGGCGUUGUCGAUGCGAAACAAAUUUAAGCAUGAUCUUGUAAACGUUACUCUUGACAUGGACUUUAAAUCCCGCUAUCCGCAACUCGUGGGUGCUUUUGUCGUCCCUGUUCCUCAGUUCAAGCACAUCGUGCUCGGCGCACAGGCCGUUGUAGACACCGAACCAUUCAAGCUCACAAAACACGUUUAUGCGGUUGGCCUCAAACAUGAAGACCUCCGUGUCCAUGCCUCGCUGACUGACCACGCAAACGUCGAUCUCAAUAUUUUCCAGAAGCGUGACGAUUUGAAACUUGGUUUCCGGAUCGGCUGGAAGAAGGACACAAGGGAAACUAGUUUUGGUGCCGCUGCCAAAUACAAAGCAUCUCCCGACAGUGGGUUGAAAGUCAAAGUUGACCAAAAUUGUGUUGUGGGUCUCGCCUACCGAUUGAAACUCGCCAAAACGGAAGUAUCCUUGUUUGACUGGAUACCCGUUGAUAGUCGCCUCUGUACGAUUCGUCUGGCAACGUCUGCGAAGGAGUCUCACAAGCGGGAGGUUGAUCGAUGUCAGUUUGUUGCGUCUGCUUACCCCCCAACUGACUGUAGCUCUGACACCAACAAAGACAAGUUCCAUUACGUCCUCAGUGCCAUGUUGCAGUUAGCCAAAUGUUUGGAUAUUGUGGUGGUUGCCGGAGACCUGAGUGUACAAUUGGGCUGGCUUAUGGCAUCUGAGACUCAAUUUAUCGGUCCGCGUAAGGUGCGGACAAAUCGCCUGGCAACUGAAAGACUGGCAGAUCCGGAUGUCAGACGAACUUACAAGAAAAAUCCUCUAAAGUCUCUUUCAAAUGUUCCGCCAUCAGAUGUGGACUCAUACUGGGACGAGAUUGCCACCUCUUUGCAUAAUGUUUGGAAUUUCGCUUGUGGCAAGACACCACAAGGCGCACUCAAGCACUGGAUAUCAGACCGAACGGCGGCACUACUUAAAUCUCGGAGAAAUAUCCCAGUCGGCACGGAACAUAACUUGAUGCGACGAAUUAUCAGACGUCAAGUGAAAAAGGCCAAUGAAAUGGAAAAGGCCCAGAAAACCGGUAAUACCCGAAGAUUAUUUCAUUUGAUCCGUACGAACGUCUCCCAGGAACCACCUGUGAGCGAAGCCAUCAAGAAUCGGAAUGCAGUGAACAUCUCGAAUAAAGAGGAACGCCUCGACCGAUGGGCCGAUUACUUCGAACAACCAUUGUCAAAUCCCAAAACUUUUCCCACGUCGAUAGUUGCAGUUUUGCUCCGCCCUGAAGUGCAUCUGCCAGUGUGGUUUCAGCUGUCGCGACUGACACCACAGACUGGAUGUCAGGAUUACUGUCACGAAGGUCAGAUUCCUGAAACUAAUCCCAGAAACCUACUGAGACCCUCGAAAUCCGUCAAAAUCUCAAUAGAUGUCAAACUGACACUUUGCACUGAGCUCGAUGGAAAAAAUCUGGAAGCUGGCGCCCAUAAAUACGGCAUCGCCUUCAACUACGGGGAUUAGGACGGAUGACUACCAGUCAACAUGAUCUAGUAACCAAAUUCUAGGCUUAAACAAGCACACCUUUUGCGCACAUCUGUGCUGUUCAAGAUGUAAAGUUCAACUUCCUUUCCUCCAUACCGAUACUCUUGUAUUCACUCGUGUGAACUUGCUUUUAGACUCACGAAAUAGAAAAAUCAAUAAUAUCGUU